AGGCGCCGCUCUCUCUCGGGUCAGGCUCCCGGUUCCCGGCUCCCGGCUCUCGGCUCUCGGCUCCCGGCUCCCGGCUCCCGGCUCCGGCUCCCGGCGCCCGGCGCCCGGCACGGAGCCGUUACCCGAAAGACGCGCAGCCGAGGCGAGGGGGUGUGAGGACGCGGGAGGCAGUGUCGUCGGAUCCGCCCGCAGUCCGCAGCCCCGCUGAGCCUGGAAGCCGCCGGGAUGGAGCCGCGGCUCCCGGUCGGAGCCCAGCCCCUUGCCACUAUCGAGGGUAUGGAGAUGAAGGGUCCUCUCCGGGAGCCCUGCGCCCUGACCCUAGUCCAGAGGAACGGGCAAUAUGAGCUAAUAAUCCGGUUGCACAAGAAGGAACAACAUGUUCAAGAUAUCAUUCCUAUAAAUAGCCACUUUAGAUGUGUUCAAGAAGCGGAAGAAACUCUUUUGAUUGACAUAGCUUCAAACAGUGGCUGCAAAAUUCGGGUUCAGGGGGACUGGACCAGAGAGCGCCGCUUUGAAAUCCCCGAUGAGGAACACUGCUUGAAGUUCCUCUCAGAGGUCCUUGCUGCUCAGGAAGCUCAGUCACAACUUCUUGUUCCGGAGCAAAAGGACUCAUCCAGCUGGUACCAGAAAUUAGACACUAAGGAUAAAUCUUCUGGUUUUUCAGGGUUUCUUGGAUUUGAGGAUAAUUUUUCAUCUAUGAAUCUGGACAAGAAAACAAAUUUGCAGAAUCAGCCUACAGGGGUUCAUCGGGAACCUCCACCUCCACCCUCUUCCGUGAAUAGAAUGCUUCCACGUGAAAAAGAAGCUUCUAACAAGGAACAGCCCAAGGUGACCAACACCAUGCGGAAGCUGUUUGUACCAAACACCCAGUCUGGGCAACGAGAGGGUCUCAUCAAACAUAUCCUGGCAAAGCGAGAGAAAGAAUAUGUCAACAUCCAGACGUUCAAAUUUUUUAUUGGAACUUGGAACGUGAAUGGCCAGUCUCCAGAUAGUGGGUUAGAACCUUGGCUGAACUGUGAUCCGAAUCCUCCUGAUAUCUACUGCAUUGGAUUCCAAGAGCUGGACUUGAGCACAGAAGCUUUUUUCUACUUUGAAUCUGUGAAGGAACAAGAGUGGUCCUUGGCUGUGGAGAGGAGUUUGCAUUCCAAAGCCAAGUAUAAGAAAGUUCAACUAGUCCGCCUUGUUGGGAUGAUGCUCCUGAUAUUUGCCAGAAAGGAUCAGUGGCGAUACAUCCGUGAUGUUGCUACAGAAACAGUUGGAACUGGAAUCAUGGGGAAGAUGGGAAACAAAGGUGGGGUAGCUGUGAGAUUUGUAUUUCACAACACUACCUUUUGCAUUGUCAAUUCCCAUCUGGCUGCCCAUGUAGAGGACUUUGAGAGAAGGAAUCAAGAUUAUAAGGACAUUUGCGCACGAAUGAGUUUUGUGGUCCCAAAUCAGACCCUCCCACAGCUGAACAUCAUGAAACAUGAUGUUGUCAUCUGGUUGGGAGAUUUGAACUAUAGACUUUGCAUGCCUGAUGCCAAUGAAGUGAAGAGUCUUAUUAACAAGAAUGACCUUCAGAGACUCUUGAAAUUUGACCAGCUAAAUAUUCAGCGCACACAGAAAAAGGCUUUUGCAGACUUCAUGGAAGGGGACAUCAAGUUUAUCCCCACUUAUAAGUAUGACUCUAAGACAGACCGAUGGGAUUCCAGUGGGAAAUGUCGGGUUCCAGCCUGGUGUGACCGAAUUCUUUGGAGAGGAAUUAAUGUUAAUCAGCUUCAUUACCGGAGUCACAUGGAACUGAAAACCAGUGACCACAAGCCUGUUAGCGCCCUCUUCCAUAUUGGGGUGAAGGUUGUGGAUGAACGGAGGUAUCGAAAAGUGUUUGAAGACAUUGUACGCAUCAUGGACAGAAUGGAAAAUGACUUCCUUCCUUCCUUGGAACUCAGCAGGAGGGAGUUUGUGUUUGAGAAUGUGAAGUUUCGGCAACUGCAAAAGGAGAAGUUCCAGAUCAGCAACAAUGGACAGGUUCCCUGCCAUUUUUCUUUCAUCCCUAAGCUUAAUGACAGCCAGUACUGCAAGCCAUGGCUUCGGGCUGAACCUUUUGAGGGCUACUUGGAGCCAAAUGAGACCGUGGACAUCUCCCUUGAUGUGUAUGUCAGCAAAGACUCUGUGACCAUACUGAACUCAGGGGAAGAUAAGAUUGAAGAUAUCCUUGUCCUUCACCUGGAUCGAGGCAAAGAUUACUUCUUGACCAUCAGUGGAAAUUACCUCCCAAGUUGUUUUGGUACAUCCUUAGAGGCUUUGUGCCGCAUGAAAAGGCCAAUCCGAGAAGUUCCUGUUACCAAACUCAUAGACUUGGAAGAAGACAGCUUCCUAGAAAAGGAGAAAUCCCUUCUGCAGAUGGUUCCCUUGGAUGAAGGUGCCAAUGAGAGACCUCUUAAGGUCCCCAAGGAGAUCUGGCUUCUGGUCGAUCACUUAUUCAGAUACGCUUGUCACCAGGAGGACCUGUUCCAAACCCCUGGAAUGCAGGAGGAGCUGCAGCAGAUCAUUGAUUGUCUGGACACCAGCAUUCCCAAGACAAUCCCUGGCAGUAAUCACUCCGUGGCUGAGGCACUGCUCAUUUUCCUGGAAGCCCUGCCAGAGCCCGUCAUCUGUUACGAGCUGUAUCAGCGAUGCCUUGACUCUGCUCAGGAUCCCCGGAUCUGCCGACAGGUGAUUUCCCAGCUUCCAGGGUGCCAUAGAAAUGUUUUUCGUUACUUGAUGGCAUUCCUUCGAGAACUCUUAAAAUUCUCUGAAUACAACAACGUCAACGCCAACAUGAUUGCUACACUCUUCACUAGUCUCCUCCUGAGGCCUCCACCCAACCUUAUGGCAAGACAGACUCCAAGCGACCGCCAGCGUGCUACCCAGUUCCUGCUGUGUUUUCUGCUUGGGAGCGAUGAAGACUAACAAUAAGCCUUUGUCUCUUACUACUCUCCGAGAUUCUAGAGGCGGAAGAUCUUGGGCACCAAGUAUUCCAUAGUGGUUGGAAAAGUCAUGCCACAGGAAGGGUCUGCUGCAGAAUUUCGAGGCUGUUGGCAUGAAAAAGUUGUUUCUAGUGCGAAAGGAAGAGAGUUUCCUAAUCCCUCCCUUAACCAUACCCUACACAGCAAGAUACUUUUAGACUUACAUUGCCAAGCCAAAGUUACCAUAUUUUGGUGUUUUUGUGUUCUCUCUUUCUAAGGCGAAGAGCUCUGUAUUGACACAUCUGGGGAUGUGUGUGUUGCCCUCCUGGCCAGCCGUCCUGACUGCCCUCAGCACCCUAGGCCUAGAUUCUGAGCUGUCCCCAUUCUAGGCCUACAAGCACUACUUGCUGUCGCUCAGACUUGUCUGUAGUCCUGCGUCUGAUGCACUUUGGCCCCACCCCGCUCCGAUCACCCCUUUGCACGCUACUUCGCUAAUACUAUCAUGUCAAAGGGAGUCUGGGUGAGGCUAGUGACUCCUUGUGUCCCCAGCAGUGAGUUAACCAUCUCUGUGUGGUCGGUACAUGAAUUUGUGUGUUGCUACUACAGUGGCAUCUGUAUAUUUCUAUAACAUUGGCCUUUUAUGGAUCUGCGAUGGGUGGAACCAUAUUCUCUUGGCUUAGGCCACACUUGGUAGCAGAACAUUCGGGACUAUUAGAGAUGAUAUCCCAUUGAUGUGAGAGGCUCACAGUCCGAGUGGAAGCACUGUGAGUAUGGCAAGAGUGAGAAUAUUCAUGUUUGACAGGUCCUGCUUCCUACCAUCCCUUUCUGUUCUUACUCAAAUGUUACACAAGAACCAAUCCUGGGUGUCUGGGGAACCCACCCCCCGCUUAGAACUCCACCUCCGGGGCGGCGCUUGUACCACAGUCAGACAGGGAGUCGGUCCCUCAAGUGUGCCUCUCUAAAUGCUGCUCCUUCCCCCAGCAAGGGUACCAGGGUCACCCUGAGAACCCCCUCUCUGGUCUCCGGAAGUACCAGGGGGCAGAUGUCACCCCCUCCCUCAUCAGGACCCACUCUGGGCUCUAUAGCCAGCUCCCUUUGGCUCCCAGUCAGUGAAAGGAGACUGCAGUGGGAUGAACCAAGCACCUUUCUCUCCCGCCCGAGACAACCCUCUGAGCUUGUCAUUUACUCAAGCUCCUGUGGGGCAGCCCUCUUUUUAAAAAUUCACCUCUGUUGGUUGGGAAACCAGUCACCAGCCAAUGAUUGCAAAACUGCUUGAUGCAGUUGGCUUCCUCCUGGUUUUCUUUCAUCAAAACCGCCCUGAGUUGGCUCAUUCUUACAUGUUAACAUUAAAUCCAAGGAGCCCCACGGAUAGGCUCUCUGUGCAGUCUUGGGCAUUGACUCCUGACUCUUCUAGAGCAUCGAGGGAGAGAGCCAGGGAAACACCACCACUGAGUAACCAGUUCUCCAAUUCCCCCAGCUCUUAUGCAUUGAGCUCUUUGGGGGUAAGAAAAGGUAUGUAUCCUGUGAUAUUCUGGUCAAAUCCUUUCCUGUUUGGGAGUUAUGGAAGUAGGAGUCAAGUUAUUGGUGCCAAAUAGCUGCCGAUGUAAUAGGUCGGGGGCAGGAGGCUGAGCUUAGUUAAUGGCAGACUGAGAAGAACACUUUUGUCGUCUCCACUAGGCUGGAAAGGAAUCGCAGGAGAGGCCGAUGAUAGAAGCUGGGCAAGUCUGUAACACAGACACAGGGAAAUGCCUGUCCUGGACACAUUUUCCAGUCUGUUGCCACCUGGGAGCUUAGUGGGGGCUGUGGGCAGCACCCUAGCUCGCUCUUCUUAAGGCAGGUGCACUCGGUUGGUUUGCUGCCUCAACCUCUUUUCCAGCUCUGGUCCUGAGAUGUACAGAGGGUUGAGGGUUUUAGACAAUCUCUAGGGGAGGGAGACAAGAAAUAGAGCGGACAUAUGAAAUCUGCUUCCCUCCUGUGCCUCCUCCAGCACCCCAACCUCUAAGUCCUGAGUACCUCUGAUGUACCAUUUCAUAGCUCCUCUGAAGGCAGGAGUUCAGCUCCAACUGAUAGGGAAGGACUCUGCAUCUGUCAUUUUAGGGAAGAAUGGUUCAGCCCCAUGUGGUGAUGUGGCAUUAGUCUCCCUUUCACUGUUUCCUGAUUCUUUUUCUUUAAUUGUUUGUUAUAUUUCCCCAAAAUGUCUUGGUCACUAAGCAAAGCUGCUAGUGGGAUUCUGUAUUUCGUGUCAUCUUUUUUUUAUUAUAAUUUAUUGCAGAUUUUUUUCUGAAUAAAUAUAUGUUGUGUGAAAACUC